AUGGCGAAGAGGGCAGAUGUCCAUACAAGGGCAGUGCGACAACUUGUCUGCUUGUCAUGGUGGAAAGAUAGCAGGGAGAUCAGAGUGGUGACAUUCGACCUCAACUUGAACUCAACGACGUGUCUGAUCUUCCAAAAACAAAACGCAGAAAAUUUGAACAACACUUUAUUGAUGACCAUAAAAAGUGGAAGCUGCUUGAGCUCUUACGAACUUUCGCACGUUAAUCAGCACAGCAAACAAUUUACUCCUAACAAACGUAACGACAGUGACUUUGAUGUUAUCGGUGGAGAUGAAAUAGAGAGACGCGAACUGACGUUCCUAUUCCUCCAGCAAAUGAAAAGAUUCCAUUGUAUUUUAAAAAAAUAA